AGCUCUAAGCUGCUUAAGGUUGUUAAUUGGGGAAAUGUAAAAAUGCCACGGGAGAGAAAUAAAAUAAAUAAUUAAUUCAACUGAGGGUAGAGCGACUAAUUCCAAACCGAAACGAGAUGGAGAAGCGGCAGAGGGAACUAGAGGCGCUUGUCUCCACGCAAAAAGAGCAACUAGGGCGCUACGAGAAGCGAUUGAAAGACGUGGUCACUGCCUACAAGGGUCUGCUGAAGGAAAAGGAAGCUUUGGAAACAAGUCUGGCCGCGCAUGCGGAGGCUACGGCGGUGGUCGAGCCGGCAUCUCCGGCCAGAGAGGUGGAGUCGCAAAACACCAACACAGAUUGCGCGGACGGAGCGGUUGAGGGUGCUUCGGGUCCACCUGCACCUCCCGCCGAAGGACAACUGCAGACUCAAAUAAUCACCCUCAUGAACUCACUGGCCACGCUCUCCGCCGAGAAAUCCCGCAUGGAGGCCUCCUUCCAGGCGGACAAGAAGCAACUGCGCAGCCAAAUUGCACAGAAGGAGCAGUCCAUCCAAGAACUCCAUGCCCGUACCAAGGAACAGACCGCGAAAGCAAAGAGCGACGUGGACGAGGUAAAGGCCAAAUGGAUUGUCGAGCGGCAGGAGCGCGAAAAGGAAACUAACAACCAGAUGCUUAUGAUCCGCGAGCUUCAAAAGCUCUAUGCCGACGAACGACAUUUGAAGGACAACAUCGAAAUGCAGCUGAACAAUUUCAAGACGCAGUUCGCCAGCAACGAGGCGGAGAACACACGCCUGCGAGACCUGCAAUCCCAGCUGAAGGAGGCACGCUCCCAGCUGAAACAAUUCCAGACGAAGGCAGAGCAGUCGGCAGCUGCAGCUGCCAGUGCAGAUAGUGCUGCUCUCCUCCAGCAGGUCAGACUCGAGAUGCAGCAGUUAAAAGAUCAGCAUGCGGUGGCUAUUCGCCAGGAACAGAGACGUGUCCUACGGGCGGAGGAGCAGAGUCGCAAGCAAGCGGCCCUUCACGAGGAUCGUGUGGCCAGUCUGGAGGCGCGGCUAGCGGAGCUCAGUACCACGGUGGGCAGCUAUGAUCGCCUGCGCCAGCAGGAUCAGGAAAGUAUACACGAUCUUAAGCAACAGCUGCAGGAUAUAGAGCAGUCCCACGUUCGCCCUACAUCCAAAUUAAAUACUUCUAAUGAAGAUGUGGAUGUAGCCACGCUUGUGGACGAGAUGGUGCGCCUUAAAAAACUACUCACCAAUGCCAAUGCCCGAUCUGCCAAUCCUUUGGAUCUCGGAGAGAUUCUUUCUUUUAGCGGCCAAACCACAUCGCGAGCCGAAAGUCACGCCCAUUGUGAGCAGCAGCUCCAGGGAGCCCAGCAAAUGCUCGAAGCAGCUAAACAGCAGCGACAACUCCUCGAACAAAAGGUUCAGUUGCAGCACUCGCACAUCCAAACGCUGCAAGAAAAGGUGCAGGUGCUCAAUCGUAACAUCGACGAAGCCGAAAUCGAACUCAAGCAGCAAGGUGAAAAAUUGCGACAGGCUUUGAAAAGCGAGCGAACCAAGUGGCAGGAGGCCAAGGCGGAGUUGGAAAACGAAACACGCUGCAAGCUAAACGAGCUGGAGCAACUUUUGCAAAAGCAGCGCCAGCGAUCACUGCAGCUUCUGGAUGAGAAGGAGCAGGAGAUCAAGACACUGCAGACCUCCUUCGAGGUCUUUCACUCGGCCACUGGUGUGGGCAGCAACCUGGCCACUCCCACACUAGAGGCCGCCGCAGAAUCUUUCAACUACUCCUCUGACGCGGACAGUGUAGAGGUAGAGGGAGAACAACGCGAACGGAAGCUGAAGGUGCGCUCCAAGAAAAUGUCGCUGGGCGAGAACUGUCACAUGCUGCAUUAUGCCAACGAAUUGGCUCGGAAGGACAUCGAAAUCACCAGCCUACGCAAAGCCAAGUACGCCGCCGAAUCGACGCUGAGAAAGGCCAUCCAGGACAAGGUCACCUCGCAGCAAGAGAUGCAUGAGAAGAUUGAAUGUCUCGAAGAGCAGGUGGACAGACUCGAACGCUGCAAGACACGCGAGGGCGCCAAUUUGGAGUACCUGAAGAACGUGAUCAUUAGCUACAUUGUGACCCGCGAUGCGGAUGGCAAGCGUCAUAUGCUAAAUGCCAUCUCGGCGGUGCUCCAGUUCACCACAGCAGAGAUGCAGGCGAUCAAUGCUUCAUUCCAAAAGAAAUAACAUUCGUAUUUUGUUUAACAAUCAUGUGCAACAUAUUUAAAACCUUAAAAUCAGAUCUUAAAUUUACUACUAACUAAA